AAUCUCGGAGACGAGGAGACCGGCCCCCCGUGAGAAAGAGGAGACACCGUCGUCGGCAGUUAGUGAAUCAAGUCAGCCGAUCGGCGGACACAGCACGACCUGCCGUUGUCUUCCUUGUCCAAGUGAAAUAUACACCGCGAGUGUCGCAGCGCGGCUCCGUUCUCGUAGGAAAGAAGAUAGGCGGAAGAGAUCAAAAGGCGAAAGGAGGCAGAGACGGCGCGAGAAGGCGAGGGAGAGAGAGAGAGAGACACCUUACGAGGGUGUACGCGUGAGCAGGCUGGGCGGACAGCAACGCGACCGGAGAGAGCAGCAUCCCCCCCGAUAUAUGAUGCUACGUACGGCCGUCUUCGUCUUCGCCUUGGUGGUCGUUCCUUUGGAAUAAAGUCGCGCGCUUGCUGCUGGGACGGUUCUUUACCUGCAGGGCUAUGACGUAAUGGCAAGAGAGGAGUUACGGAACAAGAGACCUUUUAAGAUAUGGGACAGCUGGCGUAACGUAAGAAAGGGCCUGGUCGUUAGCAACUUCGAAGAGUUGAUUGUUCGGGGUAAGGAAAAGCUGGGCGUGCCACAAAACGAGAAUGUCUCGCUAGUUUUGGAGUCGGACGGCACACAAGUCGAGGACGGCGAAUAUUUCAAGACACUAGGCAACAACACAAUUCUGCUUCUGCUGCGGCAUGGUGAACGCUGGUGUCCAACUGGCGUCGACAUCAUACGCGCUGCAAUUUCGGCAAUCCCGAAAAUAGUGUGCGAGACGAUCCACGCGCUGGAACUGCACGAUGAGACGCCAUCGUGGAAAAUCAUGGACAAUAAAGGCCGAGUCACAGUGGUGCUGCACUGGGACCAGCGCUCGUCGUCGUCGUCUCAGGUGCAGCAGCAGCAAUCGAAGGCGGGCCAGGAUCCUCAAACCUCCAAGUAUUCACCGACUAAAAAAGCCGACCUGAGCGGCGCUCAGCGACCCUCCCUCGUGAUCCAAACCAGUCUGGACAAACUUGGCUACGACGGCAAGUCGGCGCACUUGCCCGGCGAUAUUGCUCCGACGCGGUAUACCAGUCCGCGAAUCACUGUGAUAAAUCAUGACGAUAUGCAGCAGCCGCCGUCGCAGCCGCAUAUAUCCGGUCGACUGGUAAAGCAGGGCACGAACUCGUUCGACAGCACAAUUCACAUCCACACGCCGCCGGAAUGCUCCAAUCACAUCCACGAGCCGCUCGCGCGAAACGGCAGUCCAGUGAACGGCGCCGAUGGCGGUCCAUCCGGAGAAUGUGACUUCCAUUGCUGCGCUCUGCACGAGGAGGGUCGCAGAAUCGCCGUGCACAAAUCGGUGGCGACGUCGCCGAUACAGGACGCGCAGCACGCCCAGUAUCAGGCGCAUCAUGCGCUCCAGCAACAGCAGACGCAGACGCAAACGCCGUCGCCGCAGCCGCCAUCCUCUCUGUCGGACGGCACCAAGCGACCCGGCCCCGGCAAGGGUCACGUGCGCUUUCGCGACACCGCCGACGAGGAAUCGAGCUCCCGUAUGGCGGGUCCCUCCGGUUUGCACCUGCGUCAGAAUCACGUCAACCAAUAUCAUCAGGAGCACGACAGCUCCGAAUCCGAGACGGAGAACACGAUAAUGGAGGACGAGAUCAUUACGUCGGAGAAGUUUCUGCUGCUGAUCGAUCAGCUCACGGUCGAUCAAAAACAUCACCUUAGCAUCAAGGACAUCGGCAUCAUAUUGGAGCGACUCAGCUCAAAAAUUCUCGACGUCGAGCGGCUGGAUCGCGACAGCGAAAGCAAGGAGUGUUACAACUGGACGAUCAAGGCGGUCAUCAGGGGCGAUGUUCUGCGGGAACUCGGGGUGAUUUACAACGGGAACUACUACACGAUCUCGGAGCAUCCGGGCUACAGGGAGGAGUCCGAGGACGAUAAUGAGGAUAACGAGAGGGAAGAGGAGGAUAGACUUUAAUAUGAUGGUGUUUUACUAGAUAGAUAAAUAGAUAGAUAUACAUCUAUUCCUAGUUAUUACUAACUUAGGACACAUGUUGGAAACAAGAACGGGAAAUAUCACGUGGCCUCUAUUAGAUCCGAGGAGUUUUCGGCUAUCGAAUCUUCCGCUUUUAUUUUGGAGAAGUCUAGCGCUUCCUACGAUCUUCCCAGGAUCUUCCCUCGCGUGAUUCCCCGCAAAAAAAAAAAAAAACAGUUUGAGUUUUCCUCCCGAGAAUUCCUUCGAGAGAAGAGAUUCUCCGAGAAGAUUUCAGGAUCUUCUGGAAUUCUUUUAAAUAUAUUAGACACACUCUGUGUUAAAGCGUCUAAGAAAAAAAACAGAGACGCCAAAACUCGUGCCAAAUUAUCAUUUAGAACUUCAGAUAUUAAUCUUACAGUUAUCUUAAGAGUUUCCGCUUCAGGUCCGUCUGCAUAUUUUUUGAUUGUAGGAAGUUUUAGAUAUCGAGAACUCUCUCAUAAAAAAGAUUAUACUUGUAUUAAAGUCCUCAUGUUUUAUCGCGCGUGACAACUUUGCGUGUGAAUUUGCGGAGGAAAAUCCGAAAAUCCUUAGCUUCUCCGAAAUUCGUGCUAUAUAUCCUCGGAUCAGGAAUGAGAUCAACGGAGAAGCGAGAACCGCGAUCGACGCGAGCGAAAUUAUAUAUUUGCGUCACGGAGAGAAAUUCAAAUUUGUAAAAUCGAAACAGCGACGGAAGGUAGAUCGCGAAGCGAAAGCAUUACCUACUUCUUCUGAAUGUGUUUUGUAAUAACGAAAACUGAUUGACAAAACAAAUCAGGGGGGAGGGGGCAGAAGAAGCGUAUCAUGAAUCAUGUAAUAUGAUACAUCUUCAUUAAAAAAAAAAAAAACUUAGUUCUAAAGACGGUUGUUGAAAUAUGUAUUUAUUAAACAAAUUAGUACAUAUACGUGGUAGGAAAACAUUUUUGGGAUUACGGACGUCGGUUCCGUAACCGUCCACAACACUGCCCUUACAAAAAAAAAAAAAUUAAAAAAAGGAUAAAAUAGCGCAAAAGAGUGAAAUAAGUGACGAACGAUGACGAAGAAGAAGAGACUGAACACAAAAAGAUGUGAAUAUAUAAUACAUGUGUAAAACGAUUCGACUCGGCUUAACUCGACUCAUUUAAGCUCGAUAUGGUUUUACUUUUGCUUUUUUUUUUUCAUCCACGACACUUCAAUUAACUACGUGGGAAUCUUUAUUGCAAAUAUAAAUUAUAUCUUGUUAAUUUUAUAAAUUACAUGUUUUUUUAUCCGCGAUAUU